AUGGCAGCGUUGUAUACUUCUGUUGUAAUCUCCGUUUUUGAAUGGAUUUUUGCUGAUAUCAAAGAAUUUGACGAUGAAGAAGAUUUCCUGGAUGAUUUGAUGGAACUUGGUUCCCUUUUGUGGACCAGGGAAGACAGCAAGCCUCGCAUUCUAGGUUAUGUCGAGAAAGUAGUUCCACUGCAUUAUGAUCAGGAUUUUCGGAGGCAUUUCCGUUUAAGUAGAUCGACGUUUGACGUGUUGGUGCACAAGGCUAGCACUUGGAAAGAGCCAUCUUUAGAUAGAAGUCGUGGAGGAAGAGUUGCAAUACCAGUAGUAAAUCAAUUACUGAUAACGUUAUGGUACCUUGGAACUCAGGAAACGUUUCGUCAGCUUUCGGAUCGGUUUGGUGUUGCUGAGUCAACAGUGCAUGGUGUCGUACGGAAAAUUUGUAGAUGUAUAUCAUUUUAUCUGCGACACACUGCAAUCCAACGGCCUCGUGGAUCCCAAGUUGAUAGAAUACGAAGAGGAUUCGAGAACAUAAAAGGAUUUCCAGAUGUUUUGGGAGCUAUAGACGGUAGUCACAUACCCAUUAAACCACCCAGUCAGGAUAGAGAUAGCUAUAUAAAUAGAAAGAAAUUUUCGUCUCUCAUACUGCAAGCUGUUUGUGAUCAUAAUAUGUUCUUCCUGGAUUGCUAUUGUGGCUGGCCGGGAAGUGUGCAUGAUGCACGAGUUUUGAGGAAUUCCGAUCUAUUUGUUCGAAUACAAUCCAAUCCAGGAGACAUGUUUCCCAUGCAAGGAACCCACAUACUAGGUGACGCAGCAUACCCUCUCAACACGUGGCUUUUGACACCAUACAAAGACUACAGCCACAUGCAACAGGAAGAUAGAAAUUACAAUUACUGUCACUCCGCAACUAGAAUGGUAAUCGAAAGAGCGUUUUCGUUGCUAAAAGAAAGAUGGAGGAGGAUGAAAUUCGUCGACGUCACAAGGGUUAAAGAGAUUCCGACGAUGAUUAUUGUCUCUUGUGUUUUGCACAAUAUCUGUUUGUCUCAUAACGAGGAUAUCUCAGAAUUGCUUGGUGAUGAUGAUAGUGCAGGCACAGAGGUAAAUGACUUAGAAAUUGACUAUCUAAGACUAUGUGGUGCGGACUUCGAAGCUGUAGGCAAACGUGAUCAAAUCAAGCAGUACAUUAACUCUCAUGCACGAGUUUAA